AUGGCGUCGGAAACUGACAAAAAGAAGGCUCCGCCGACGACAGACGUAACUUCUCUUCCAGAGAUAGCGAUUGUCGAAGAAUCCGCCGAUGCCACGCUUGACCUGCUCGAGAAGUAUGGGCAUACCGUCGAGCCGGCGACCGCAGCUCAGUUGAAGCGAGUGAGGUAUAAGCUAUACUCCAGCCUGUUGCCUUUGUUGCUUCUCAUCAACGUCUGGCUGUUCAUUGACAAAGCAACACUGUCGUACUCUGCGCUGUUAGGCAUCAUGGAAGAUACCGGGCUCACCGAUACCGAGUAUAACAACUUGUCGACCAUCUUCUACACAGGUUACAUUGUAGCGCAAUUGCCUGGGCACUACAUUUUUCAACGAAUCUCGCUAUCAAAAUUUGUUUCUGGAUCGAUCUUCCUGUGGUCAGUGUUAUUAUUUUUGCACUGCACCGCCUCCAGCUACGGUGGAUUGAUUCCCUUGAGAUUCUUUCUCGGUGUUGUUGAAGCCACGUUAGUACCAGCAAUGGAGGUAACGAUGGCCAUGUUUUUCACCCCACAAGAGUACACCAAGAUCCAGCCCAUCUUCUGGGCGUCUUGUAUGGGCUGUCCACUCCCGGCGGGUUUCAUCGCAUACGGUCUACUCUUCGCCAAAAAUACCAUUGCCCCAUGGAAACUAUUCAUGAUAGUCACCGGCAGCGUGAGCUUCCUCUUGGCCAUCUUCAGCUUCUUCUAUUUCCCAGACAAUCCCGCAGCGACACGCUUCUUGACCAUUGAGGAGCGAGUAUGGGUCAUCCGUAAAGUGCACGAGAGCACCAAGAGCUCGAUCGAGCAGAAGAAGUUCAAGAAGAGCCAGGCCUUGGAGGCCCUCCGCGAUCCGAUUUCAUGGCUGUUCUUGCUCGGGGCCUUCACGCUUAUGAUUGCCAACAAUCUCCAGUUCCAGCAGAGCCUGAUCUUCCUGAAGAUGGGCGUCGGCAACCUUGGCUCAACGCUUGUCUCUGCCGCCGGCGGUGGAUUUUCGAUUGUUGUUUGCAUCACCGCUACGAUACUGCUGCGACUGAUACCCAACAAAGCAGGAUACUGGGGUGCAUUGUGGUGCAUGCCGGCAGUUGCUGGCGGCAUUGGAAUGGUUGCUCUGGACUGGGACAAUCGCAUUGGCCUCCUGGCCUGCUUGCUGCUGGCUGGAAACACUUUCGGGAUCACAUACAUCAUCAUGCUGAGCUGGGCGUCGUCGUCGUCAGCAGGAUACACCAAGAAGCUGAUGCGUAACGUCUUUUUCAUGAUUGGAUACGGUGUGUCGAACAUCAUCUCGCCCCAGAUAUGGGUUGCAGCGGACGCUCCGCGGUACUAUGGUUCUUGGAUCGCUCAGAUUGUCGUGAGCUGGAUCGGAACUCCAACAAUCCUGUUAAUCGUUCGAUUCAUCUUGAAGCGUAGGAACAUUCAGAGGAAGGCGUGGAUUGCCGAGCAGGAGGCGCUUGGCCAUGAUGGACAUGGGUACGUCGAGCGGCUGGACGAGAAUUCGCAAGUUGUCAAGACGCAGGUCGACGUUUCGUUACUGGAUCUUACUAAUCUAGAGAACAAAUACUUUCUGUACCCUUUAUAG